AUGGUCAACGAACGGGCGCCGCCAAAGGUACCACUCAAUACCAGCAAUGGGAAUCCCCAGCGCGCCGCCUCCCCCGACGUGGACGAUCUAUUCAGCCAGAUGGAGAGCAAGGGUAUAGGAUCCCCUCCGCCGAAAGCUGGCGUGCACGACCCUUUCACUGGCCGCCCCACGUUCGGGCACCCGACCAAGAUGCUUUCGUCCCUCAAGCAGAAGGCGAACGUCUUCAAUCCGAAUCGGGGGCGCCCGGAGCAUCACCUCAACCAGGCCAACUCUAGCAAGGUCCGCGGGCCGGAACCACCACGUUACCAGGAUCGCAAGGCGUCCCCCAAAAUGCCAAUGUUCAGUACACACAGCAGUGGAGUGGGCUCAUUGCCACCGCCGCCUGCCAGAGCGCCUCUUGGUGACGAGGUCUUCUAUACGGAUCCGAACAAGGCGAGCGACGAUCUGAAGAACCUGCUGGAGGGCGUCAUGGACGAAGACGAAGAAGAUGAACCAGGACAACAGCAAGACAAUGCCCAAAUUCCAAAGGACAAUGCUUCAAAGAACGAUACAGACCCAAAAAGCGGGUACAUUGAAGGCCUCAAGGUGAGGCUGUUACCUCAUCAGGUCGAGGGUGUCAGCUGGAUGCGCGGUCGCGAGCUUGGUCCGGUAAAGCGCGGCAAAGUGCCCAAAGGUGGCAUCUUGGCCGAUGACAUGGGUCUGGGGAAAACAUUGCAGACCAUCUCGCUCAUUCUGACGAACCAGAAACCGAGCAAGGAGGACAAGAAAUGGAAGAAGCACUAUGAGGGAAUCGAAAAGACAACCCUUGUGGUAGCCCCAUUGGCACUUAUCAGGCAGUGGGAGUCGGAGAUCGUGGAACGGGUGCUCCAUAGUCAUCAACUGAAAGUCUGCGUGCACCAUGGCCCGCAAAGAACAAAGAGAUUCAAGGACCUGGCCUUGUACGACGUGGUCAUCACCACGUAUCAGAUUCUUGUUUCUGAGCAUGGUAGCUCCUCUGCCGCUGAUGACGGCGUCAAGGCUGGCUGCUUUGGCCUUCAUUGGUGGCGCGUCGUGCUGGACGAGGCGCAUACCAUCAAGAACCGCAAUGCAAAGAUGACCAAGGCUUCGUACGCACUGCGGUCUGAGUUCCGAUGGUGUUUGUCGGGCACACCCAUGCAGAACAACCUCGACGAGCUGCAGUCGCUCAUUCGAUUCCUUAAGAUCAAACCCUACGACGAUCUCAAAGAGUGGAAAGCACAUAUUGAUCUGCCCAUGAAAAAUGGAAAAGGUCAUAUUGCUAUUCGUCGCCUGCACAGCCUGCUUCAGUGUUUCAUGAAGCGGCGAACAAAGGACAUCCUCAAGGAAGCAGGUGCCUUGAAUCCAGGCGGCAAGCCUUCCGAGGAAGGUCAACCAUCCACCACUGGCUUCAAGGUGACCGAGCGUAACGUUGUGACGGUAUCGGCGGAGCUCACAGCAGCUGAGCGCAAGUUCUACAGUCGUCUUGAAGCCCGCGCCAACGGCAACAUCGAAGCAAUGGAGAUGGGUGGCAAGAUGAACUACGCGAGUGCCUUCACCUUGCUGCUCCGUAUGCGACAAGCGUGCAAUCAUCCUAAGCUAGUCGCAGGGAAGUUAUCAAAAGACAAGGACGCCAUGUCCACGGGCACAACUCAAAAGAUCCAAGAGCCCGAUAUUGAUGCCAUGGCUGACAUGUUUGCCGGCAUGGGCAUUGAGACUGCCAAGAACUGCAGUAUCUGUGGCAACCAGUUGGACUCGGAGUCUAACCGGGCAGGGCGGGACAUGUGUACAGAGUGCCAUGGCGAUUUGGAGUACUUUGAAUCCCAAGAGGGCCAGGACCGCAAGGUUCAAAAGAAAAGGCUCAAGACCAAGAAGUCGAAGAAGGAGAAAGUAUCCAAAUCCCCCGCUCCGGCCAGACGACCAAGGAACCGCAGAGACGUCAUUGACAGUGACGACGAGGAAGAAGAGGGCAGUUGGCUGGUCGGCGACGGCGAGCGUGGCAGUCUGCGGCUUGGCAAGGCUGGCGGAGAGGAAGAUGAGAACUGCGAAGGUGGUGGCGACUCGAUUGGGCCCGACGACUCGGCGCUCUCGGUAAAUGACGAGGGCAAAAGCAAUCUGAGCAGCUUUGUGGUCGACGACGAAACUGCGAAAAAAGAAAAGGGCUAUAUCUCUGUGAAUGAUGCAGAAAGCGACUCGGACGAUGAUUCUCUUAUAUCGAUCUCCGCCAUCACCAAAAAGCUGGCCUCCCAGACUCUGGAGGAGAAACCUUUACCGGAAGAUUCUGCCUCCGAGGCAUCGCAGACAGAAGAGGCGGAAGAUGACGACGACAGCGAACCCGAUGGCUCGAGUGGUGUCUCGGAAUCCGAUGCCUCGGGUAUUGAUGAUGAUGACUACGACACCAAACGAUUUGCCCGUGCUACUGGCGUUGUUACUUCAGCCAAGAUCCGAGAGCUCAUCCGCAUCCUCUCCAAAGAGGUCGACCAGCACAAAUUCAUUGUCUUUUCCCAAUUCACGUCCAUGCUCGACCUAGUGGAGCCAUUCCUUCACAGUGAAGGGAUGAGGUUCACUCGGUACGACGGAAGUAUGAAGAAUGACGAGCGUGAAGAGAGUUUGCGAAAAUUGCGGAAAGAUUCGCGGACGAGGGUGCUGCUGUGUAGUCUGAAGUGUGGUAGUCUCGGUCUCAACCUCACGGCGGCAACAAGGGUUGUCAUCCUGGAACCUUUUUGGAAUCCGUUCGUUGAGGAGCAGGCCAUUGAUCGAGUUCACCGACUCACGCAGACGGUCGAUGUGACCAUUUACAAACUCAUCGUCACCGACUCAAUCGAGGAGAAGAUUGUCGAUCUGCAGAACAAGAAGCGGGAGCUCGCCGAGCAGGCCAUUGAGGGCGGCAUGAAGAAGAACGCUUUCAAGUUGGGUCUCAAUGAGAUUAUCGACUUGUUCAAGCCUGGCCAUCACUCGUCGGAACCAGUGGACCUGACGCAGCGGGAGCACGCACCCCGGCCGUCGUCGAGUGGGCUGUUGGACAGGAGGCGGGCACCAGCCGUGAGGGCGCCCUCUGCGGCAGGUCGCCAAGAGAGUGCUACUUUUGGGCGCAGAUGGUGA